ACAGGUAGGUACCUAAGUACCCCCUCCCCAGGCUAGAUAGCGCGUCGCAUCUGGGAAUGACGCGCAUCAGCAUAACUUGCCGUGUCUACCUAUUUAUCCGGUGAACUCCCGGCGCAUAACGAAGUCACGCAUACCUUGUGUACCUCCUAGGUGUAGGUACUGGACCUAUCUGUAUCUUGAUGUACCAAAGGUAAAAACACAGCCUAUCCAUCCCUACUCUCUCUUCCCAAUCCGCAUACUAGCACCAAACCGCUCUCUGUCGUGAGAAACACUAUCGUUAUUGGGCAUUGCCUACAGAAAUCCAAAUCUCAAAGCUAAGCAGCGCUCCAAUUGCCUUGAACGCCCGCUGUCACCAUGAACAACCUUUCGCAGUUCGACCACAUAUUCGGCUCCCUGGAGCCCUUUCCUUACAACCGCGUCUUCGUCCAACAGUUGGAGGUUUGCCGUCGGAGCCUCGAAGGUUCCUUGUUUAUUGACCGAGUGUUGAGGGCGCUCAAUCUUUCCAAAGCUGUCAGCCAUUACCCCCCCAAGAACGAAGCCUCCCUUCGGCAGCUCUACAACUACGUCUACGACAGCCAGGACGUCGCCCUUCACCAUAAGCUCGCAAUCAUAUACUAUCUCCUCCUCGACCUCGACGACCGGAGAGGCGACAGCCAAGCCCAAUCCUACGCCGAACACUCCGGCUUGCCACCCAGGUACCAGAUCUUCAUGAAGGGCCUAUGGUACAUGGACGCCCAGAAGUUCGACAUCGCCCUCGAACAUCUCGCCCACCCGUCGCUCCAGCCCGACUUUGUUGACGACAUUCUCACCGUCCUCGUCCGUCAGGCCAAGCACAGCGACUUCAGCCUCGCUCUUGCGUAUUAUCACACCGUCCAACCCGUCAUCCAGUCAUCUUCGGCAUUGGAACACCUAUUCGACGCCCUAGCGCAAUCCAGCGUCCCCGAUGCCUUCCAGUUCUCCCGAUCCCACGCCGAUGUCAUGCGCCGCCAGCUAUUCCAGCGCCUCAUCCUAUCCGUACUAAAAGCUUCCCCUAGUAGCGCGUCGGCCGAGAGGGCAUUUGAGUUGACCAGCUUGCCUUUCGAUGCUCAGGAGGAGCAGUGGUUCAGGGAGUGCUUGGAACAGGGCGAAGGGAAACGACUCCCAGGGGCUAAGGACACCCUCCUUAUGCGCAAAAUCGCCACGGGCCAAGUUGGGUAUGGAAGCGACGCGGGCACUUGGGCAGUUGUCCUCGAGGGUUUCAAGACGGGAAGCGGAGGACGCUCCCUGGCUUGACUUUCCUACAUCUGAUGGUGAACGGAAUUGCAUAGCGCUGGCGUUGGGGUUCUGGUUAGGUUAUUGUAUGGCGUUAGGGGGGUAGCUACCCCACGUGCAUCUGAAAUUGGUGGAGAGUCCAUAUUGCAAAACAGAAAUCGGUAGAAACGGCGUGCCAUUGACCAUAGGCCUACCUUGACUUAUACUUGUCCCAGUCUGCAAAUCGUAGGAGACGCCUAAGAUGCAAGCCUCUUCAUUAGGAAAACAAACCGGCCUAUAGUUUAUCGUCAUUCAUACAAUGCGCAAAUGCAAAAUGUCGAGGCCAUACAAAAGAUGUCACUCGAAGCUAACUCUCCGCAUGAGAACAUAGCAAAAUGCCCAUAAUUGCAGAAGGCGUUUUGUUGAGACGGAAACUCCAAAAAGAGCACUCCGAAUCGGGGAAUCGAACCCCGGGCUUGACGGUUCAGACGGCGUUAUUUCCAUGAGAGCGUCAAAUGUUAGCCACUACACCAAUUCGGA